AUUAUUACUUCCGGCGAAUCCAGAACUCUCUGGUUCUUGUCUGAGACUUCUCCAUCUUUCUACAAUUCUACAUCAUCUCCGUGAGUUCUCUCUCGAAAUGUCGUCUUUAACCCCUCCGAUGCGUAUAUAUAUCUGCCACCAUCGAUUCGGAUUGCUCAUCAAGCAGACAAGCAAACAACAAUCCAAAGAAAUCGAAAAAAACCUAACCUUCGCAAUCAUCAGCAAAACCUACAACAAUGGCGACGAAAUCAGACAAGGCUAUCGGCAUCGAUCUCGGCACCACAUACAGCUGCGUCGGAGUGUGGAUGAACGACCGCGUCGAGAUCAUCCCCAACGACCAAGGAAACCGAACCACACCUUCCUACGUCGCGUUCACCGAUACAGAGCGUUUGAUCGGCGACGCGGCCAAGAACCAGGUGGCGUUGAACCCUCACAACACCGUCUUCGACGCGAAGCGUCUCAUCGGUCGUAGAUUCACCGACCCUUCCGUUCAGAGCGACAUGAAACACUGGCCCUUCAAAGUCGUCUCGGGUCCCGGAGACAAACCGAUGAUCGUCGUCUCGUACAAGAACGAGGAGAAGCAGUUCUCUCCGGAGGAGAUAUCCUCCAUGGUGCUGGUUAAAAUGAAGGAAGUGGCCGAGUCUUUCCUGGGCCAGGAUGUUAAAAACGCCGUCGUUACGGUCCCUGCGUACUUCAACGACUCUCAGAGACAGGCCACGAAGGACGCCGGGUCUAUCUCCGGGCUCAACGUUCUGCGGAUCAUCAACGAGCCGACUGCUGCUGCCAUCGCCUAUGGGUUAGACAAGAAAGGGACCAAGACAGGUGAGAGGAACGUGUUGAUAUUCGAUCUCGGCGGCGGGACGUUUGAUGUUUCGUUGCUGACGAUCGAGGAAGGCGUCUUCGAGGUGAAAGCCACGGCUGGAGAUACUCACCUCGGAGGGGAAGACUUUGACAACAGGCUCGUCAACCAUUUCGUUGCGGAGUUCAAGAGGAAGCACAAGAAGGAUGUCAGCGGGAACGCGAGGGCGUUGAGGAGGCUGAGAACGGCCUGCGAGAGAGCGAAGAGGCGAGCGAAGAGGACGCUUUCCUCCACGGCUCAGACGACUAUAGAGAUCGAUUCUUUGCACGAGGGUGUUGACUUCUACGCGACGAUAUCGCGUGCGAGGUUCGAGGAGAUGAAUAUGGAUCUGUUCAGGAAGUGUAUGGAUCCUGUGGAGAAAGUUUUGAGAGAUGCUAAGCUUGACAAGAGCCGUGUCCAUGAGGUGGUUCUCGUCGGAGGAUCCACGAGGAUACCUAAGAUUCAGCAGCUUUUGCAAGACUUUUUCAACGGGAAGGAGCUCUGCAAAAGCAUUAACCCGGACGAAGCUGUCGCCUACGGAGCUGCGGUUCAGGCGGCGAUUCUGACCGGUGAAGGGAGCGACAAGGUGCAAGAUAUUCUGCUUCUCGACGUGGCGCCGCUGAGCCUUGGAAUCGAGACGGCUGGUGGAGUGAUGUCUGUGUUGAUCCCGAGGAACACGACGGUUCCUUGUAAGAAGGAGCAGGUGUUCUCCACCUAUGCGGACAACCAGCCGGGGGUUCUGAUCCAAGUCUACGAAGGAGAGCGCGCGAGGACGAAAGACAACAACCUUCUCGGGACCUUUGAGCUUAAAGGCAUCCCUCCUGCUCCGCGUGGAGUCCCUCAGAUCAAUGUUUGCUUCGACAUGGACGCCAAUGGGAUCUUGAACGUGUCGGCGGAGGAUAAAACCGCGGGUGUGAGGAACCAGAUCACGAUCACGAACGACAAAGGGAUGAGCAAAGAGGAGAUUGAGAAGAUGGUGCAAGAUGCUGAGAGGUACAAGGCCGAGGAUGAGCAGGUGAAGAAGAGAGUGGAGGCCAAGAACGCGCUGGAGAACUAUGCUUACAAUAUGAGGAACACUGUCAAGGAUGAGAAACUGGCGCAGAAGCUGGAUCAAGGGGAUAAGCAGAAGAUCGAGAAGGCGAUUGAUGAGACGAUAGAGUGGAUUGAAGGAAACCAGCUGGCGGAAGUUGAUGAGUUUGAGUAUAAGUUGAAAGAGCUGGAGGGUAUUUGCAACCCAAUCAUCUCCAAGAUGUAUCAGGCUGGUGCCGGUGCCGGUGCUGGAUAUCCCGAUGGUGGUGUGCCUGCAAACGGUGGCUCAGGUGCUGCUGGAGGUCCAAAGAUAGAAGAGGUUGAUUAGAGCGGUGAUAAAUGCGGAAACAGAGUGGUUAUGGACCGGUGGAAAGUCUUUCUUUGUAUUAUGCAUGUCUUAAGUAUCUAAGAGUGUCUUUUGUUUUGCUAAUGAAACCAAUGAGAACUAGCUAUAUGCUUUACUCAAUUGUUUUUGUUUUUGUUUCAUGUAGUAAAUUAAGUAAUUUCUUCCUCUAAUAA